AUGGUACUCUCUCUCCUGAGCAACAAGACACCUCGCAAUAAUAAACGAACGCCAGCACCGCUAUCAUCUUCAGGGCCCCCAUCAACUGCGUCCUCCUCCUCGAGAUCUAUAAAGGUGGUUUCUCCGGCCACUGCUAUCACCGUAAAGCUGUCCCCUACGGCCUCGUCCACCCUCGCAGAAGCCCUUCGCAGCGACCCGUUCGCUCCAGGUUCGCAGUCCAACACCAACACCACUACAACAACGACAACCACCACGACUCCAGCAGCUGAUAUAUUGACUGGUUCGCACGAUACGGAAGACGAGAACCACCGUGAGCUACGAGAACGUAACGAGGCACUGAAUGUACUGGCUAGAAUAUUCCCUGACAUACAUCCAGAGGUUUUCAGAGAGCUGCUUACACGAUUCGACGGCAAAAGCAGGCUGGAAGUUAGUGUUGAGCAGCUAUUAAGAUACCGAUCAGAAUGGGUCAAGGGGCGAUGGAACGUUUCUUCUGCUUCCGGGGGAACUGGCACCCUUUCUACCACUGAGGGUGGCCCUGAUGCUAGGAACAAGCCAGUUCCCAGGGAAGAACUAUUCCGGAGCGAUCAAUACAAAGACGCUGCCCGGGCAGCUCUGGCCGCAGAAUUUCGAUCUCUGAGCAGAAGUACAAUUGACGCUGUCCUUGCAGAAGGGAACUUCUCAUAUGUUCGUGCGCGGCCAACUCUUCUGGACCUAUCUCGGAAAUCAUGGCGUGUUACAUUGGGGAAUAUGUUCUCCUUCAAAAAGAAGAAGGCGCCGCAUAAGAAUGAUCCGCCUCCAUACCUGGUUUGGCAGAGAAGUUCUACUGACGAACCUGAGCCCGUUCUGAGAAGUACGGGGUGUGCGGAGUUAGAUGAAGAGAUUCAUUCUACGUACUUACUUCCGCUGGUCAAACAAAGACGAGAGACACAGGUCGAGGAAGACUUUAGGAAAGCCGAAGAUCUGAACGAAGUAGAAGCAAAGGUGGUUGAUGCUCUUUACGAGUGUGAUUGUUGCCUCUCGGAUGUUACCUUUGAACAGAUAUCAACAUGCUCCGAGGCAUGUCAUGUCAUCUGCUUUAACUGCAUACAGCGCACCCUUCAAGAAGCACUCUUUGGUCAAGGAUGGGAUAAGUCUAUCAGUUCCGAGAAGUCGACUCUAUGGUGUAUCGCCCCGUUUGCGAACGGGACAUGCCAAGGGACGCUGGAUGCCGAGUUGGUUAAGAGAGCAAUCUUGAAAGAGAGAUCUGGAAUGGAAACAUACCGAAAAUUUGAAGCUCGUCUUGCCUCUGAAUCUCUCGCCAAAUCAAACUUGAAACUGAUUCACUGCCCUUUCUGCUCAUAUGCAGAGGUAGAUCCCGUUUUUCACCCGUCGGUCCAAGGGAUAACUUGGCAAUUCCGCAAAGCCAGCCUCGCUACAAGUAUAGCAGUGUCCAUCCUACUUCUUGAUAUUUUUCAGUUUUUUCUACUCCCUCUCCUUCUUCUUCUCUGCAUUUCACCCUCUGCGUUAAGAACCAUUUUCCACAGGUCUUUGCAGAAUAUCUGCCUGAGGAGACGCUCACCGCGUUUCAAAUGUGGGAACCCGACAUGUUCCCGGGCGAGCUGUAUGCGUUGCCAUAAGGCAUGGAACGAUCCACAUACAUGUCAUGAGCCAUUACUUCAGUCUCUAAGAACUACAGUGGAAGCGGCUCGGACGGCAGCUAUCAAACGCACUUGUCCAUGUUGUGGACUGUCGUUCGUCAAAGCUUCUGGAUGCAACAAACUUACCUGCGUGUGUGGUUAUUCUAUGUGUUAUAUAUGCCGCAAAGCACUUGGGCCGAAACGUCGACAACAAUCAAAUGGCCGAAACAACGAUGGCGGAGGGGGCAUUCAACUCCUAGAUGGUGCAGCAAAUGCAGAGUCUGACAAUGACGAGAUUGGCGAGGAGGCAGAAGGCUACAAACACUUUUGCGAGCAUUUCCGAAUAGUUCCGGGUUCCGCCUGCACAGAAUGCAACAAAUGUGGCCUCUACCAAACAGAGGAUGAGGAAGCGGUUGCGCAACGUGCAGGAGAGCAGGCUCAACGGGAAUGGAGGAUCCAGCAGGGCAUGGAAGUCAAUACCGAAGACACUCGUACUACGGGUGCUGCAGUAACUAGCCACAAGCGAAAUCCUACAGGAGCAACUCCUAAAAUGGCUCGUGUCUAUGACUGGGAUUUACAGUUUGAUGUUACCAGCGGAUCCCGGAGGUUCGGCUGGGAAUUUUGGACCAAGUAUCUCUGGCAGAAUCAACGGUGGAAGAUGGAAAUCCAGCUUCUUGUUGACAAUGCCAUUGAUACUCUUGUUGUUGUCGACGCCAUGUGA